GAUAGCGCAAGAGACAUCCAAGACACCAUAAAAUUUGGCGGGUUUAACUACCCAUUGCCUCGUUGACGUUGGGAAGUCUUCUUCUGUCCUCGCCAGUCGCCACCCAAUUAAAAUAGAAAAAGCGAUGAUCGGAGAUCGGAGGAGUUGGAGACUUUGGAGGAAGGAAGGAGGAGCGUUAACCCAAACGCAUUUAACGGCCAUUUCGUUCUUUCUGGAGGAUGAUGAUGGGGUGGAAGCACUUCAGUCGACGCACACGAAGAAACCCAUUUUCAGCUUUUUUGACGUAGAAGACCAUGAUCAACAAUUCCACGCAACAAAUACGCGAAAAAUAUUACAACCAAAAUAGACAAGAGAGAAUCCUUGUUAUUCUUCUUUAUUUUCUUAUUCUCUGUGAACUGGCCUUACUCUAACCAGAACCCGAUCUGGGUCCCCUGUAAAUGUUAAACAUUCUCUUUCAUCGUUCUAUCUGUUAAGGGGGUCCAGCUCGCGUGUGCUGGUAGAUAAUUUUGCCUAAAGACUUGAGUCUGGUCUGUUUUUGAAGAUACGUUUCGGUGAUACUCGCGCCGGUUAGGGUUCAUUUUUUUUUUUGAUUUCAUUGAAUAAGUUUUCGAUUCGUUAUGUGGAGCGUCGGAACUCCUACUGACUCCUUUUAUGAAGUUCGGGCUGAAUGCACCGAUGAUGUUCCAAAGACUCGGUUCAAGAUAAAGGGUGGGAAAACUCUAAGUGAAAGGAGAUGGCAUGCUGCAUUUUCUCCAGAAGGUCAUCUGGAUAUUUCAAAGACACUUAGCAGAAUCUAUCGUGGGGGUAUUCAUCCCUCAAUAAGAGGAGAAGUUUGGGAAUUCUUACUUGGAUGUUAUGACCCUGAAAGCACCUUUGAAGAACGAGAGGAGAUACGCCAACGUCGAAGGGUGAAAUAUGCUAUGUGGAAAGAAGAAUGCAGGCAGAUGGAUCCUGUUGUUGGCAGUGGAAGAAUUAUCACAGCACCCUUAAUCACUGAAGAUGGUGAACCUAUUCAAGAUCCUUUAGUACUUUUAGAAGCAAAUCCAGAUAAAGGGUCUGCUUCAACCACAGAAGAAAAUUGUGAUGGUUCAGUUAGCAAUGAAUCACAUGAUACUACAUUAGAUAGUGCAAGUUCAAAUGCAUCGGAAAGUGUAAACAAGCCAAAAGGUGAAGUUAUUCGGGAGAAGAAAAUAAUUCAAUGGAAGCUCACUCUACAUCAAAUAGGUCUUGAUGUAGUUCGAACUGACAGGACAUUAGUUUUUUAUGAGAAACAAGAAAAUUUAUCAAAACUUUGGGAUAUUCUGGCAGUUUAUGCCUGGCUAGAUAAAGAUGUUGGAUACUGUCAAGGAAUGAGUGAUCUUUGCUCUCCAAUGAUAAUUCUCCUCGAAAAUGAAGCAGAUGCAUUUUGGUGCUUUGAGCGUUUGAUGCGUAAAUUG